AGAACUGGAGUCAUUUCCAGGAAUAGAUACUGAAAGCAGCUCUCCUUAAGUUCCCUCCUGCUGGGGCUGGGGCCCUGCCACCAGCUUUACUCAGAAAUCACACAGCUCUGAGCAGGGAAGGACUGCAGCAGAAAACUGCAAGAUUGCUUUCUCCUUCCUAGCUCCUCUUCCCCCCUUCUGUCUAGGCUCUUCCUAGGACAACCCCAACCCAGCACAACUCCCUUCCUUACUUCCUUACUUUUGGAGAGAUCUGGGCCUGAAACCAGUUUUGGAGGAUCUCGGAGGUAACUGUCUCUAUCUGAGGGUUGGACUCGUUCCCUGGAAGGGUUCACUUGCCAGGAGGGCCACUGACAUCUGCCUGUUCACAGUCACCUCUGCUUCCUGGAGCAGGGGGACAUCCUGCUCACCCAGCUGGUGCGGAGGAAUACUUGGACCUGCCUGACUCCUGACACAGAGACCCUCAUGAUGCUCUUCUGCUCAAGUCCAUUCACAACUGUAACCUGCUUAGGAGCUGACUACUAGCAGCACAGCUGCAGAACAUUCCUCAACCAUCUCCUCUAAGCCCCUAACAUGUGCACAUCUCCUGAUUUAUGGACAUAAUUUAUACAUUCUACAAUUCGGCCCUUUAAAGCUUUCAGUAUCUUUUAAUAUAGUCACAAAGUUGUGAUGACAUCAUAAUCAAAUUUAGAACAUUUUCAUUAUCCAAAAGAUAUCCUGCACUUCUUAACUGCCACCUCUCAAACCAAUGGUCUACAUAUCUAGGAAAUCCCCAAUAUAUGUUCUGUGUCUAUGGAUUUGCCUCUUCUGGACAUUUCACAUGAAUAGAAUCAGACUACAUGGCCGGAUGGGUGGUCUGCUUUCACUGAGCAUAAUGUUUUGGGGUUCCUCCAUGUUGUGGCAGUUUACUCCACUGAUCAGCAACAUGGCACAGCCCUCCCUGUCCCUUCACACCCCAUUACCCACAUCCUUCACCUCUGAUGUGCCAUACCAUGGGGAUUGGAGCAUCUUAUCUAAACCAGGUACCAUGAACAUAGAAAAAGCCUUGGAAGAAGGGAAGUUGGUGGAAGUGGUCUCUGCAGUCAGGGAGACCCUGAAGUCAUCAUCCAGUGCCCCAGUGAGCAUUGCAGUGACUGGGGACUCUGGCAAUGGCAUGUCUUCCUUCAUCAAUGCACUGCGGGGAAUUGGGCAUGAGGAAAAGGACUCAGCUCCCACAGGUGUGGUGAGAACCACUCAGAUUCCCACUCACUACUCUUUGUCCCACAUUCCCAAUGUGGAGCUGUGGGACCUGCCUGGCACAGGGGCUACCACCAAAAGCCUGGAGAUGUAUGCAGAGGAGAUGCAGUUUACCACGUAUGACUUCUUCAUCAUCAUUGCAUCUGAACAGUUCAGCACGAAUCUCGCAAAGCUUGCCAAAAUCAUCCAGGGGCAGGGAAAGAGGUUCUACAUCGUCUGGACCAAGCUGGACAGAGACCUCAGUACACGUGUGGUCUCAGAGAAACAACUCCUCCAGAAUAUCCAGGAGAAUAUCCGGGUAACUCUCCAGAAGGAGGGAGUGUGUGAGCCCAUCAUAUUCCUGGUCUCCAGCUUUGACCCCUUAUUGCAUGACUUCCCACAGCUUAGGGACACCUUGCACAGAGAAGUGUCUAACAUCAGGAAACAUAACCUCCUAAAGAACCUGUUUGACACCUGUGAGAAGGUCAUUAAUGACAAAGCAAUCACUUUGCAGAGGCAAAUAGGCUCAGAGUCUUUCCAGGAUAAGCUUGGCAUCCAGAAUGCAGAUGAUCUUGGGAAGUUUUUGAACCCCUACCACUUGCUCUUUGGUGUGGAUGAUGUAUCUCUCCAGGAGGUGGCCCAGAGUACAGGAAAACCCAUGAAGCAGUACAAAGACAUUAUGAAGUCUCAGGAUAUGCACACUGUCCUCACAGAGGACCGGACAUUAUUGUGGUUAAAUUGUAAUACAGUCUAUUACUUAAAUUUACUUCUGAGCCUCAUCCCAGUCUUCGGUAACACUAGUACUCACUACCUUAGAGUGUGGAAUCAGGGGCGCCUCUUUGACAUAGUUGCUGAGGACACCAAGACCAUCGUGAAGAAAAUUCUGACAGAUGCAAUAUCUGAAGAGUGAGGUCUCAGCAGUCUCUUUCUUGGGGAAAGUUGGGAUAUUUGGGGCCCUCUCUUCAUACUGUACCCUUCAGAAUUCUCAAUCAGCUCAAUAUUUCUACUUUUAGCAGUUCUGAGUUCCUUGAAGUGAAUGAGCUGACUAGAUCAUUUUGAACCCAUUAUCUCAGCAAAUUUCCAAAUAUGUCCUACUUCUUCUCAUUUAUUAAAUAAGCUGGGAUACAAAGGUGGAAGAAAAUAUUGCACAGUAUGACAUACAACCUCAUUCUGACAUCCCCAUAUCACAUAACGUUAGCAUCAUUUUCCCAAGCCCUCUUGGUUUUCCCCUGUUCCUUCACUUCUCACCUUUCAGUCCAUGGACUCACAGAGUCACACCUAGAGGCGUAGGAACAUCCCAAAGGAUGUUCCCUUUGGGGAAAUAUGAUGGAGACUGUGUGUUUAGCUGUUCUCCGAAAAAUAUUGUGUAGGAUCUAAGGCCAGUCUGGUGUCCUGUAAAGCUCUUUCCUUGUAUCUGCCUUCAGCAAUUACCCAAAUCAUUUAUAUCCAAAAAAGGAUGCAGGGGGUGGACUCAAGGACCAUUUUACUGGGAUGGGAAAACUGUUUAAUGGAAAAGGAAACCUGACUAUUAUAAGUACAAAACACUGAUCCCCCACACCAAGAGGUCCCAUGCUCUUCACAUGCACAUGCUCAUGGUGGGACUGUCAUAGGAAGUAGUGCCUGUUAGAUUAUGUUUGCUAUACAGAAAUUUUUUUUCACUUCAAGUACCUGCUAUGUUCUGUUAUUUGUCAAAGUUAUCUCCAUGUUGGUCAAAGGAAACUAAAUUUGAGCAUCAGCAUAAGGAAA